AUGUUCAAAUCCAAAGAAAAGCAAAAACACCCUGAAACCAUGGAAGAUACCUUCUCUUUAAUCCUUCAUGGCUGUAAGUUAGCUAAAGACCUUGAAUCGAACCUAGGGAAUUUGGCCAACCAGCCAGAGAUCCUUUCCAAGUCUUGCGAUGAUAUCAUAAAGAUAUUUGUUACUGCCAAGGAACGUUUAAAUGCUCUAGACCCGGCUUUGUUUACUCAUCACUUGCUCCGCCAACCUCAGAAUUCAUCAUCAUCAUCACAGCAGCAGCUGCGGACUGAUCCCAAUUUGCAGGAAUGGUUAAUGUAUGGUGGUGUUAUUACACAAGCAAUGGACAUGGUUCAGCAGCAGCUUUUUGCUGGAAAAACUCCAUUAGAAAUCAAUGAAAUGGGUGGUGUUGGUUCUGCUGCUUCUGCAGAAUUGAGGAGCAGCAUAGGAGGAGAGAUCCAGGCAGUGGACGUAUCAAAUUCUGCUAGAGCUUCUUCAUCCUCAUCGCAGCGACCGCGAAGAAGGAAGGAUGAUGAAGAGAAAAACACAAUUACAGUAGCGGCUCCUCAGAUAGGAAACAUUGACGUUCCACCCGAGGAUAACAACACUUGGCGAAAAUACGGGCAGAAAGAAAUUCUGGGUUCAAGGUAUCCUAGGGCAUACUACAGGUGCACACACCAAAAGUUGUACAACUGCCCUGCAAAGAAGCAAGUCCAGCGGCUGGACAAUGAUUUUCAUACAUUUAAAGUAACAUACAUUGGUCACCACACCUGCCACAUGUCAUCCACCGCACCUUCAAUUCCGCCACCACCCCCAGUAAUAGAAACAAGUAGACAAAAUCAGAUGAUGGUUACCGAUCAGCCUACGGUACCAACUUCUUCUUCUUCAUCAGUUCCUCUAGGUCUAGGAAGAUGGCUCUCAAUGGAAUUCAGCCUGGGCUCGGGGGGAAGUAGUAGUAGCGGUGCAGCAGGUGGCUCCACCACAGGCAACCGAUAUGGAAGGGAUAUUGUUGACUAUCCGGCAGUGGCGGAUAUGGCAGAUGCAAUGUUUAAUUCUGGUAGCAGCAGCAGCAAUAGCAUGGAUUUUAUUUUUCCUUCCGUGGAAGACAAAUGGGAGGCAGGUGCCGGAGACAAGAAAAAUAUUUGACGACAUUUGCUAAUUAUUCAUUGAUUGCAUGGCGACUAAUCUUUCAUUAGCUAUUGCAAUGUGUGCGUAUAACAUGACCUAGCUGGCUGUUCAGUUUGCUUGAAAGAUGAAUUUUGCCGCUUCAUCCUUUAUGGUUUUUAGCAUAACAAUUUCCACACAAUAAACCUGAUGUAGUUAGGCUUAGGUUACACAGAUUUAAUUUGUUGGUCAUUUUAAAAAUUUUGCUUGAUUUUUGAAUUUCUUGUAACUU